AUGAGUCUCUUCCCUUUUGGAAGUUUUCAUCUUUACCAAAGAACCGCCACCACAGACCCAACAUGCAAAUCUGUGCAUCAGAUUGUGCAUUGGAAGAUCGGGAGCAACAAGCGUGCGCUCAACAAAGCUUCCAACAAAGCAACAAUCUUGAAUUCAGAGCCUCAGCAGGCACAGAAGCGGCGAGUGGAAGCGGAGACUGAACGACAGGAAAGGCAAAAGCUUGAAGCCAAAAAGCGUGAGGAGAAGGCCAUGGAGACCAAGGAAGAGACAGCAGCCUGGACUACUGAUGAACUGGGCCUUCUAGCUAAAGGACUGCAAAAGUUUCCUGGAGGAAUGGGCGGGCGCUGGAGCUUGAUCACGAAGCUAUUGAAUGACAGCGGCUAUCCUCGAGCAGAAAAAGAAGUGGUUGACAAGACCAAGGAGCUAUCUGAAGGCCAGUCGCUGCGUUCGAUGGGCUCCAAGAUCGCACAAGACUUUCAGGGGUCCGCUCCCAAAGCCAAGGCCAAGCUGAGCCUUCUAAGGCUGCUUCUGCGGGUGGCGCCGGCUGAGACAUGUGUACUGAAGCCCCUGCAAAGCAGGACUCAGACUGGAGCGCUGAACAGCAGCAGGCGCUCGAGAAAGCUCUCCAGAGGCAUCCGGCCAGCCUAG